CAUCUUUCUUUACAUUUCUGCACUUUGCUUGUGAAUUUAUUUUUGUUUCAAACAGAAUGACAUGAAAACUGUUAUCAUUAAUGUAAAUCCUUGAUAUUUUAAUAUACAAAUUGUCAGCCAAUAUUCAAUGGAACGUCUCUUCUGAUAAGUUGGAAUAAUAAUAUACUUUAGCAUUUCGCGAGUGAGAAUACCGCGGUAUCACUGUAAGCUGAAUAGGUAUUAAGGCCUUUUUUCAGGCGGAGGACUAUUAGCACACACAAUUAUAAAAGGUGUAUGGAAUGUGAGCCUGUAGGGUAUGGAGAGAGCGGCAGUGGUAGACGGAUACCGGCGUGGCAGGGUGCGCGCCGAAACGGUUUGGAGCGAGUGCUCGAACUUGGUGUGGGUGUGCGGCUGGCUGACGCCGCUGACCUGUCUGUGGCAGUGGGGGCAGAGGGCGCGCGCAUACCGUGUCUCGCCUCGCUCUCGUUUGUCGCCGCGGUGCCAGAUGCUCCCUUUAUGAAUACUAUGGACGAGAUAUCAUAUUGGGUGCAUACCAAGCGAGCACCCUGCCUCAUGUCUUAUGACAACCUCCUUAAAAAGCAGGGUGCUGUAGGAGAGUGUAGCAAACCAAAAAGUGUUCCCAGUGUUAUUGAGGAUGUGCCUUCUUCUAAGAGAAAGAAACGAAAGCUGUCCCUGCUGGAUGCAGAGUCUACUUCACUGGAAAAGCAGCAGAAUUUGUAUUUUGAAACCUCUCAAGAUAAUCCUCGGCUUCUUUAUGGUAGUCAGUCUGAAACUGUCAAGUCAGAUAUUGACUUUAAUAUCAAAAGCUCUUUUGUGUGGGAUAAACCAAAAAGAAUACGAUUACAAAAGAGCAGCAAAACUGUAUUACACAAGAAAAAUAAAGUAAUUACAUCAACGCCAAACCCAAAGUUAACUACUACUGUAAGAAGAAGCCUACGAAAGGUGCAAAAUAAUGACAGUAAAAAUGGUCUACUGAAUUCUUCAAUUGAGGAUGUCAAUUUGAGUGUCGACAAAUGUAAUGCCAAAUGCACACCAUCAAAAUCCUCUCAAAAGGCGAAGAGAUGUUCUGCUAAAGCAAAGUUUAUGAGUUUGGCUACAGAAAAUGGUACUAAGACUAAAACUGAAGUGAUUGUUAAUGGUACGUUUGAAGACUUGAGUGAUGUGUCUGGCUUCACUGCAAACUACAUAAGAUCUACAAAACUUCUCACUGUCAAAACACACAGGAAUUUGAGAAGUAAAGGAAGAAGACCUGUGAAAGAGACGCAAACCAGCUUCAAUAAAGAUGAAUCCAAAAUGUUAAUAUGUGUCAAUAAGUCCAUCAAUGCUGCAUCGGAAUUGCCCACACAUUUAAACUGCAGCACAGAGCCCUCAAACAAUGCUGUUAAUUUAGUAUCUUUGAAGAGUCAUGACAAAAACUUAAGAGUCAACAAAAGUACUUCUAUAUUGAAAUUCAUGGAUGUCAAAUGUAACAAUAAAGAGAGCAACAAUCACAACAGGACAGAAAGUAGCAAGACAAAAAGCAAAUCUGAUUUGAUAAACACAUCUUUUCAAUCAAGUACAUCCAGAUAUCCUAGGAGACACACAGGGUACCAUAGUAUCACUGAGAGUACCCAAAACCCAAACUAUGGCCUGAUGGGCACAAAAUCAUCUGAUAAAAAAUGGAAAAGUGGAAAAAAUGCAUGCAAGUUUAAUGACUCUGAUCGUAAGGAAAAUCCAGAGGAAACCUAUGUAUCUAAGACACGGAGUGGUAGAAACAUACGUCUGGCUCUCAGACAGCAUGAAAAUUCUGUGUUUGUGUACAGCAAUUCUACAGAGCAGGAGAGUUCAGUGCCUAAUUUAAAUGUCGCUUGCCAGUCAAAUAGAAAGAAGCGGAAAUCAAUAUUAAAAUGUGCAGGACCUGCCAAAAAGUCUGCGGAUACAAGUGUAUCACGCGGCAAAGACUCAAUGAGGGAAGCAAGUGGUUUUACUGCAUGCUUUUCUGAUAGUGAAGACAGUGAGCCUUUGAAGCCAAGAAAAUAUUUUUGUUGAUGUAUCUUAUAUUUAAACAAAAUAUACUCAUUUGUACAGACAAUUCACAAUAAACAAUAAAAUUUUGUUUGUGGUCCAGUAAAGGACACCUGAUGGCAUUGAUAAUAAUCACUAUGUAUAUGUAGAUGGGCUGUCAGAAGAUUAUUGUGGUGUUUGUGCAGAAAUGUAUAGACAAACGCCUUUAUAGUGGCUGCUUUGUAGGAUGCAUAUUUGGAAAGCUAAAAAGGACUGGCUUUGCGCGGCGAGCUGCGGCCGUCGAUCUGUUUUUGUGCCCAGAUGUUGCACAAUGAUGAUACAUUAACAGUAGUAAUAUACAUAUCUAGGUGUAAUAUUACAAAUCGCCAUGCUAUUGCAAUCACCUGUAUAUUAGAACCCAUCGAAAACCUAAUCUGUUAUUCCAAUAUAUGUCUGAGAGUAGUGAAACAAAUACAGUUUGAAAAUGUACUGUUUGCUGUGCCAUUUUGUGAUAAAAAUAUCAAUAAUUUAUAACUGUGAAUUGCAGUUAGUGACAGCUGCAACUUAUUGGUAAUGUUUGCUGUCCUGUUGACAAGUUCACGAUAAAUAUAUUGCUUAUUUUAAUUGAAUUGCUGAUUAUAAUUGCAUAUUAGAAUUGUGCUCAUCUUUGAUGUUAAUUUAUUAUGUAAUAAAUUUGCUGUAUAAUAUAUUUUA